UUGAAUGACUUCAACCAAGUUCCUGUUUCCUUUACAGAACUGUAUGUUUUUGUAGUCAGCGAGCAUCUGGAUUUUUCAUCGUGAUGUACAGCAGCUAAAGAAGUUAUUGUAAUAUAUACACCCUGCUUUCUACAUAAACAAAAAGGGCUAUAUGCUCCAAACAAUAAUUAUAUUUCAUCUGACUGUUCACAGUGAAAGCGUCAGCCUGUUGUAUCUGUGGAACAUUUUCUUGAAAAGUUUCAGCCUCCAUUGAACAGGAAAUAAGCAGUGUGGAAGGAAGGAUGACUUCUCACAACAUGACAUGGAUCAGCUACCCAAGCAAGAACUUGGCUUUCAUCUCCCCAGAAGAAAUCGAAGCCUUCAUAGCUUCUCAAAACAUCAUCUCAAGACUUAUGCACUGUUACAUCGCCUUUUUUGUACCAACAGGAUUAAUAACCGGCAUAUGUAUUUUGAUCAUUUUCAUCAAGAAUUAUUUGCAGCACAGAGUCAUAGAAAACUUAGACUUAUUUCUUCUGCACUUCACCAUCAGCAAUAUUAUAAUGAUUUUUUUAUCAUUUACUGUCAUUAGCAGACCUGACUAUUUAAAAGCAACCCACCUCGCCUGCAACGUACUGUCAUUUUUUUUCAACUUCAGUUAUUUCAAUUCUCAGUAUGUUUUGAUUUUGAUGCUUCUCAUACUAUUACUCAAGAGAUUUCCACCAAGGACUGUUCUCUGCAAAGCAACCCAAAGACCCAUAUUGUGUGUUGGAAUUGUACUUACAUAUGCCUUCUGUUUGUCACUGAUUGAGGCAGUACUGGUUGGCACAGAUAACUAUCACUUGGAAACAGACUGCCAGUUAGAUCCAUUAUUUGCAUGGCCUGAAUACGAGAUCACUAAAUUCACUUUUGGAUUUGGGAUUCCAUCAUUUCUUCAGAUACUCUGUUUUACUGUUCUCCUCACUAAAGUAGCACCUGCUGAAGCUCCAGCGUUACAACAGCACAUUCGUACUUACCCUGCUGCAUACAUUAUAAGCAUAACAAUAUUUAUAUGCCGUCUUUUUUAUAACAUUAUGAUUCUAUUCAGGACAACAUUCAAAUUACAGAAGAGCAUUGGAACUCCAAAGAAUGAGCUUGUGAUGAAUAUUGCUGAAAUAGUGUUGUUCUGUGAGAGCUGUGCUAGUCUGGUAUUUAUACUUUUUUUUCAUAAACCAUGCAAGGAUGAAAUACUUAAAGUCAUACAGAAGUGUCGAAGAAAAAACACUGCCAACAGUCACCUUGAAAUACCAGUAACAACUAUGACCCAUGAAAGUGAGUCUCAGUAAUACUUGCUGUUCGGAAAACUUGUCACUCCAUUCAACUUUUUAGUUUGUGGGGUUUGGCUUGGUUUUUUACUUCUUCAAAAAAGGACAAUUGUUCCUUCUUUAGACCCAAACUUGGACUAUCUUACAGCUAGCAGUACUGGAAGAAAAAAAAAGAUAUUUAGUUCUAGUAUUUGCAGUGAUCUAUGAGAAACUGUAUCGGGUCUGGGGUUGUUUGGUAGUUGUUUUAUUUUAAAAUAUAUCUUUUAAAAGUGCCUUUUUUCUGCAAGGGUUACUUCAAAGCCAAGUAGAAAGAAAAGUACUGUUGUCACAGAAGUGUGCUUUUGUAACAAUAUCAAUGCCCUGGCAAAGAUGCAAACAAAAACAUAGCAGAAAGCAACUUUGAACAAAGGUAAAAAUCUGCAGCCAAAGCAUUUUCUCAGGUGUGCUUCCUCUUUUGACUUCUUACCCUACAAACUACUUAUUUUUAUAACAUUGGUAAAUUCUAGUAGCAGCAGCAGUGAAGUAUGGCUUAAGGAUAAUUUAUAAUCUUGAAAUAGUAUGUAAUACUAUGUCUACUGUAACAUUUGUU